AUGGUAGGCAUUGGCCUGGAUAAUCCAAACGACGAAGAAAGUCAAGUGAUAAAAUGUGUUCUUGUUGGUGAUGCUGCUGUUGGUAAAACAUCGCUAAUUGUCUCCUAUACAACUAAUGGAUAUCCACAUAAAUAUGUUCCCACAGCAUUUGAUAAUUAUUCAGUGUUAGUCCGAGUUGAUAAUCAACCGAUACGAUUACAGUUAUGUGAUACUGCUGGUCAGUUUGAAUAA